GCGGGGUCCGCCCGCGCCGGCCCGCGCCGCAUCCCGGGGCCAUGAGCUUCUUCGGGUUCGGGCAGAGCCCGGAGCUGGAGCUGGUGCUGAGCGACGCCGAGAGCCGGCGGCGGGUGGAGCACAAGACGGAGGAAGGCAAGAAGGAGAAAUACUUCCUCUUCUACGACGGCGAGACCGUGUCGGGGCGGGUGGUCCUCACCCUCAAGAACCCCAACAAGCGGCUGGAGCACCAGGGCAUCAAAGUGGAGUUCAUCGGGCAGAUCGAACUCUACUAUGACCGAGGGAACCACCACGAGUUCGUGUCCCUGGUGAAGGACCUGGCCCGGCCUGGGGAGUUCACUCAGUCACAGACAUUUGACUUUGAGUUCACACACGUGGAGAAACCUUACGAGUCCUACACGGGGCAGAACGUGAAGCUACGGUAUUUCCUCCGUGCCACCGUGAGCCGCAGGCUGAACGACGUGGUCAAGGAGAUGGACAUCGUUGUGCACACCCUGAGCACCUACCCCGAGCUCAACUCCUCCAUCAAGAUGGAAGUGGGCAUCGAGGACUGCCUGCACAUCGAGUUCGAGUACAACAAGUCCAAGUACCAUUUAAAAGAUGUGAUUGUGGGGAAGAUCUACUUCCUGCUGGUGCGGAUCAAGAUCAAGCACAUGGAGAUAGACAUCAUCAAGAGGGAGACAACAGGCACGGGGCCCAACGUGUACCACGAGAACGACACCAUAGCCAAGUACGAGAUCAUGGAUGGGGCACCUGUGAGAGGGGAGUCCAUUCCCAUCAGGCUCUUUCUGGCUGGCUAUGAGCUGACUCCAACCAUGAGGGACAUCAACAAGAAGUUCUCUGUGCGUUAUUACCUCAAUCUGGUGCUGAUCGAUGAGGAGGAGAGACGCUACUUCAAACAGCAGGAGGUGGUGCUGUGGAGGAAAGGGGACAUCGUGAGGAAGAGCAUGUCCCACCAAGCUGCCAUCGCGUCCCAGCGCUUCGAGGGGACAUCCUCGCACGGCGAGGCCAAGCCCCCCGGGCAGCCCGCGGAGAACAACGGGCAGCAGUGAGGCCGGGGGGCCGCCGGGAGCCCCCAGGACAGCGGCACCGAGGAGGAGACGCUCAGAGACUUCACAGAAAUAAAUACCCGUUUUUGACUUAAUUCCUUUCUUCAAAGGACUGGCGCGGUGGGACGGGGCGGGAGGGCUCGGAGAGCUGCGGCGCCGGAGGUUCCGCGGCGCUUCCCGACCCACGCGUUCCUCUGGAGGCUGGGGCCGGCUGCUUUGAGGCAAUGUCCGGAGGCUGCGGAGCUGCCUGAUCUCCUCUGUGCCCCGAGAGCCUCGGCCUGGCGGCGGGGAAGGAGAGAGCAAGUGAAGGCCCAGUCUGCCGCUUCUCCCCGGCCACGUGCAGGUUGCUUUGGGGCUGCGUAGGGUGGAUGUUUCUCUUGCCUUUCCAAAAAUCUUCCCUGGGGAAAACGGCCCGGUGGUUAGCUGGAUGCUGGAGGAGGGACCAGACUGGAAAUCUUGUGGUGUCAUCUCCUCGCUGCUUCCCCUUCUUCCUCUUCGUGCUGGCGUUGGAUUCCUGGCCACGAGCAGUUGGAUGAUGGAGGUGGCUCGGGCCUGGCACUGCCACCCGGCCACGUGGAGCACGGGCAGGGCCGUGCUGUGUCCCACAGGAGCUGUGGCUGUAGAGGGGGUGAGAUGUGUGGAUGCAGGAGGAGGUGGCACAGGGUGGGCAGAGCGGUGACGGUCCCAGCGCUGCUGGCUGGGCAGCGAGCGGGGACAGGACGGCUCCUGGCCCUGAGCUGUGCCUUCCUGGUCUUGUCCUGGCAGAUGCUCCCGAGAUUCACUCUGGCUGCUGCUCUCGUGCUGCAGAGAGGUGUAGGGAGCAGUUCUGGAGCUCUUGGGGGCUGUCCUGUGGGUGGGUUUGUGCUGCACACGCUGCCCUGCCCGUGUCUGUGUCCUUGGGACAGAGCAGGCUUUGUGUAGGGACGGACAGCAGUGUGGGGACGGGUGUGUGGGGUCUGGUUUGCUGCAGGACAAGGAUUAGUGGGGACAGAAGGUGGAUGGAGUUGUUGUGGGAGGCUCAAACAGGCUGGUGUGGGCUGCUGGAAGGAGCCAAGCAGCACCAGGAAGGGUGGCAGAGCUCUGAUUCCAGACACACAUUCCUGAGGCCUGAGCUGAAGUCACCAGCGAGGUCUGAGAGCAUGCAGUGAACUGAGAACCUCAACGUGGGUUUUCUUUUUUUGAAAUAAGCUGCUUUUAGCCUUCAGCUAAGUAGACUCACGAGAACAUUCCCAGAAGGAAGUCACUCCUCCAUUAAAAAUCAGAUGUGUCUUUGUAGACUUGACUGAGUUUGGAGAAUGUCCAUCCUGUUCAGCUGCCCUCCCACAAGCAGGUGCUGAGACCUUCUACCCAAGGGAGAGACAAGCCUGCACCAAGUGCUGGGGUAUGAGCUCUGUCAAGGGGGGUUUGUCUGGAUUUCCCUGAGUUUGUGGCUUGCUAGUUUGUCCAGCUUCUUUCUAGCUCUGGAAUCAAGUUCCUCUGUCCCACAGCUGAAUGUAGAGCAGGUGUCUUGCAGCUGGGAAAUGGAAGUGUCUGCUCUGUUUAGUGGAAUGGUGCUGGUGGAGGGAGCGGGGCCGGGGUGGGAAGGGGAGCUUUUUAUGUCAUGACAGCUACUGUAUUUCAGUGAUAAAUGUGUGUUUCUGCUUGCCAAAGUAAGUUAUCUUUUCCUCAGCGCGUGUAAGGUUGUGGUUUUUAGUAGAGCUGGCCAGUCUCGCUGUGUAGAGGACACUGAUGCUCUCUGCUGGAUGCUUGUGUCACCCCGUGGUUCUGCUCUGCACCACUGCACACGUGGCUUGCUUGUCCCCCUCUGUGCCGUGGGCUGGGGCUGUGUCUACCCCAGGCUGGAGAAAAAGCUCAUUGCAGACAACAAUCACCUUGCUGUGCCAGGGCUGGGAACCUCUGCCAUGGCAAAGGACUCUGGAUGUCAUUUGGACACUCCUCCCUCCCUCUCUCCCUCGGGGGAGCUGGCUGUGCUGCAGCCAGGCACAAUCCUGUAGGGACAAGUGAUGCUCCUUUGGGAGCCCUUGGGGAUAGCAAUCCAUCCUUCUGUGGCUGAGCUGAGCACAGCAGCACCCUUACAAUCUUCUUAAGCUUUCCUUCAGCUCCUUCCUUGCCUUUAUUCCUUGAUUCCCUUUAUUCCCCUGGAUUCUAGGCCAUGUAGGAAAGAAACCCCCUGGAUGGAAAUGUCUGCAUUCCAGGAGUGGUUUUUUUUCCUGACUGGAUGUGAGAUCAUUGCCUGGCUGUAAGGAGAUGGCUGUUCAUCAUCUGCUCAUCAUUCCUGGAGGGUUCCCUUGGAGAAGGUGCAUGAGCCUAUGUACUGAUUUGGGGGAUUUUUCCUUCUUUUUCUCCUCUCCCCCGUGUCCCUGUGUGUGGAACCAGAAUUCAGAAAUGAUCCUGAUUUUUGCUGAAUCUGAUGGACCAUUCAACCUGUUAUCCACUGGGCCCUGUUUGUCUGGGGUGGAGCAGAUGUGCUGAGCAUCCUUAGAGAGAAGCUGGGGUCACUGCAGGACAAGGUACUCUAGAACAGUGUUUUGUUAGCAUGUGAGGGGGCAGAUGCUGCUGGAGCACUCGUGUCCCCCUGAGCUGGUGGUUCUGUGCUGUGCUUGGGUCAUUUCCUCUCUCCCAGGCAGAGAGGAGUGGGCAAGUACCAAACCAAGCAGUGCAACUUGUAAUUAAGCCUCUGCUGUGUUUACAUGUUUCUUAAUUCGUCGUCUUUUCAAUGGCUGUAUUUUAAAACUUGGGUUUUUUUGUCUCUCCAAUUAAAAAGAGCCAGCCCUGGCUGUCAAAUGCUGUG